AUGGGAUUUCACAAUCUUCCUAAUUUUGAAACUAGUGGAACAGUACAUUUAGUAAAAAACAAUCAAUUUGGUUUCAGUAAUGACCCUUGUCAAGUUUGUCCAACUACAUACCCUUCUGAAAUUGCUAAAUCUAUUGAUGCUCCAAUCUUCCAUGUGAAUGGGCACAAUGCCAAAGCUGUCAAAUUUCUCUGUCAAAUAGUAGCAGACUGGAGGGUUCCUGAAGAAAGAUGUAGUAGUGGAUAUUGUUGGUCACUGUUGCCAUUGGCAUAA